UGUGUUGGAAACGUAGACAGCUCCUCACGGAAGAGAGCCGAGUAUCGGUGACCGCCGAGCGGAGCAGAGGACGAGCCGGAGCCGCAGCGGGAGACGGAACCGGAGCCGCGCGUCGCCGAGGACACGUCAGGACGUCGGAGCCGUCGGAGGACGCGGACGCUGCGGCGCGUGAGGCAGGAAUGGGACUGUGGUUCUCCUCAAACAGUAGCAGCGGUACCGACCUGCGGACCUGAGGGAAGACAGGCACCGGGCGCAGACAUGGCCCACGAAGGCAACGGAGCGACCGCGGAGGAGGAGGACUGCUUUGAAGACGCCUACGACCGGAUUCCUGCGGCCUGUCACAUGGACCUGCAGACGUCCAUCCAGGAGACUCAGUGCGCUCUCAAUCUGGUCCUCAACAACAAGUUCUCUGAAGCCCUGGAUCUUCUCAAACCUUGGUGGAAGGACAGCAUGUACCACGCGCUGGGCUACAGCAGCAUCCUGGUGAUGCAGGCGACCAUGACCUUCGAGCACAGAGACAUCCAGGCCGCCAUCGCAACCAUCAAGGAGGCGUUACACACCUGUCAGAGGUUCAGGAAGAGGAACUGGGUGGUGGGGUCUCUGUCGGGGCUGAUCAAUAAACAGUCCAACCUGCAGGAAGAGGAGAUGCACGCUGAGAUCUGCUACGCUGAGUGUCUGCUGCAGAAAGCUACGCUGACCUUCGUCCAGGAUGAAAACAUGAUCAGCUUCAUCAAAGGAGGCAUCAAGAUCCGAACCAGCUACCAAAUCUACAAGGACUGUCAGAACGCGCUGAACGCCCCCCAGGACUUGGCCGGUCCGUCGGACGCCUUCAGACAGUUCGAGGGUGGAGUCAAACUGGGCCUCGGAUCCUUCAACCUGAUGCUGUCGCUCCUCCCUCAGAGGAUCCUGAGGCUGCUCGAGUUCAUCGGCUUCUCGGGAAACAGAGGCUUCGGUCUGGCUCAGCUCAGAGAAGGCGCCUCCACCCACAGCCUGCGCUCCAUCCUCUGCGCUCUGACGCUGCUCUUCUAUCACACAUACGUCUCCCUCAUACUGGGCACCGGGGAGGGGAACCUGGUGGAGGCCGAGGCUCUGCUGGAGCCGUACCAGCAGAAAUACCCCAAAGGCUCCAUCAUCCUCUUCUACUCCGCUCGCAUCGCGACGCUGAGAGGAAGCUUUGAGAAGGCGCGGGCGCGGUACGAGGAGUGCAUCGACAGCCAGCAGGAGUGGAAGCAGAUCCACCACCUGUGCUACUGGGAGCUGAUGUGGACCCACUCCUACCAGCAGGAGUGGCAGCAGGCCUACGCCUACGCCCACCUGCUGUGCAAGGAGAGCCGCUGGUCCAAGGCCAUUUAUGUCUACCAGAAGGCCGCCAUCCUCAGUAUGAUGUCAGAGGACGAGGUCCAGGAGACGGGAGAAGACGUCGUUGAGCUUUUCAGGCAGGUCGAGGGGCUCAAGCAGCGUCUGGCAGGAAAGUCCAUCCCCACAGAGAAGUUCGCAGUGAGGAAGUCCAGACGCUACAAAGCUGCACACGCUGUGCGCCUGGUCGUCCCUGCACUGGAGAUGAUGUACGUGUGGAACGGCUUCACCGUCGUGGGGAAACGAGCCGACUGCACUGAGGCUCUGCUGGUCACCAUCGAGGCAGCGGAGGAGCAGCUACGCGCCGACGCCAAUCCGUCCGAGUUUCACGCUGACGACAGCUGCCUGGUCCAGAUGCUGAAGGGCCUCUGUCUGAAACACCUGGGGCGACUGCUGCAGGCCGAGCUGUGCUUCACCCAGGUGCUGUCCAGCGAGGCUCGGAUCCGCUACGACCACUACCUGGUUCCGUUCACGCUCUACGAGCUGGGUCUGCUCUACAAACAGCAGGGAGACUUCACCAAGGCCACGGCCUACAUCGAAAACGCCAAGACCAACUACAAGGACUACUCCAUGGAGUCCAGGCUGCACUUCCGCAUCCACGCGGCGCUCAGCAGCCUGAAGGGUUCUCCUGCUGGAACGCCCUGAGGUCGGAACCGGACGUGGUGGAACCACGCGUCCACGUGGAACCGCCUCCUCUGCAGCAAUAUUUGAUUCUGUCCUUAUUUAUUUAUUUUAUUUUUUCUAUAGCCUUGAAAGAUGCUUUGCUGAAGUAGCUUCUCUUCCUUCUGUCACUGCCUGAGGUUUUACUGGUUAAUAGUUAACACAUGAAGGCUGGAGAUGAAGCACAAGUUAAUAAAGGAUGCAGCACAAAGCAAAGGAA